AUGAGCGCAAAGAUGAACUCUCCUCCUUCUCGAACGGAGGAAGGAGAGCACGAAAAGCCGUUUAUCGUCACCGCCACCGUCGGCAUGACUAGUUCUUCUUCUUCAAAUCGUAAUAACGAUAAUAAGAUUGAGUUAAUCGCGCGCACAUCCACCCCGACGUUCGUGUUGAAAAUGCUUUUGUGCAAAGAAGCGCAACUGAACGAAUCGGAUUACGAUGUGCGAUAUAAAGGGAAAAUCCUACCAACCUCCGACCCGAACACGACCUUGAAAGAGUGCGGGAUAACGGGAUCGUGCACUGGAAUCAGUUUGUGGGAAAACGACGCGUGUAGGAGACGAAAAGUUGCGGACGAAUUAGAUGCGAUUCGAAGGGAGAAACGAGAGCAGUUUUACGAGAAAGAGGCGGACGCGAGAGCGGAAGCGAGGAGGGAGAUUGAAAGGAUCAAGGCGAAGAAUAGUUAUUCUCCUGAGAAUACUACGAAUAAUAAUGGUGGGUUUAGUGGCCAAGCGACGAUGGAGAGGCAGGAUACGAGUCGGUACGGGUACGGGACUUCGUCUUCGUCGCAAAGGCAACCUUUCCCGCCUGCGGAAGAAAAUCCGUAUCGUCAACAUCCGCAACAUCAACAACACCAACGCGAAUCUUCUCCAAUAGUACUAGACGGCAGCAGCGACGACGACGCGCGCAACAGUAACUACACCAACUCUGCCGAGAGAAGAAACCAGCAUCAUCAGAACGACUACCAAAACGACUCCCGCCGACGCGCUCCUCCUCCUCCUCCUCCUCCUCCCGAAAUGGACGACCUCGCCAAACGCCGCGGAGCCUCGGACGAGCUCCAAAAGAUCAUCGCCGACGUCGACGCCAUCAAAUUCCGAGUCGACGACAUUCUCGACGUCCACAAAAACGACCCGUCUUUAAUCUCCGACGAUUUGCGAAAAACCACCUUAAAAAACGCUCGAGAAGCCGCGCACUUGUUGGAAAAGAGUUUGUUACGCGCCGACGCCGUCGAAUCCUACGGGUUUACCGAUAUCCGAGCGAUGAGGAAAGGCUUAGUCGCGAGAGUGGAAAAUUUGUGCGGGAAGUUAGAGCCGCUGACCAAAGAGUAG